CCUGCGCAGAAACUAGCCGCUACCCUGAGAGAAGAUGCCGUAUGCGGUGCGCAGGGGCCGUCGGCCCGGAGUGUACGAUAGCUGGGAAGAAUGCAAAGCUCAGGUGGAUCGCUUUCCUUCUGCGAGAUACAAGAAGUUCCCAUCCAGCCAUGAAGCCAGGAACUUCGUGGAGAGCGAUGAUGCUUCCAGCUCUUCGUCUUCUAGUUACCAUCCGUACGGCCAGAGAACAGAGCAACAAGCGGUUUACACGGACGGCUGCUGCUCCAGAAACGGGCAGCACGGAGCGCGCGGUGGGAUUGGAGUUUACUGGGGUCCUAAUCAUUCACUGAACGUGUCAGAACGACUUGAAGGCAGACAGACUAAUCAAAGAGCUGAAAUCGAGGCGGCCAGUAGAGCGCUGGAACAAGCCAGGGAGCAUAAUAUGAGGGCGAUUAAUAUUCACACUGACAGCAAGUUUACCAUUAACGGCGCGACAAAAUGGGUCCCAUCGUGGAAACAGAAUGGUUGGAAAACUUCCGCUGGUCACGACGUCGUUAACAAGCAAGACUUCCAAAAGCUGGACAAUCUCUGCCAGGGCAUGGAUGUUACAUGGACUUACGUCCCGGGUCAUCGUGGUAACGGAGGGAAUGAAAUGGCCGACCAGCUGGCAAGAAAUGGAGCAAGAAAAUAAAGUCCUGCCGUUUCAAAUGUUUUAUUCACCCGUUUGGGGGAUUUUAGGGGUUCUGCAGAAACCACUGUAUUGCCUGAUGCUAAUGGCUAGUUGUUUUUGGGGUGCAAAGAGGGAAGCGAUUUAAGAUAGCCAUGUUAAAACUAGUAAUCUGCUGCCAUUACACAGUACCGCUUUGUGUUCUUAUAAAUCACAGCUGUAGCUACAGUAGUGAAAUAGGCAUUCUGAGCGCUCCAAUGAUUAUAGCCAUUGCUGAAUAUCUUGUAUAAUGCUCAUUUUUGUUGCUGCGAACAAACUUCUUAACAAAGCAGAACCCUAGCAUUGUCUGUUAUCUGUUUUACAAAGUUUUCACAAAAGUUCCGUAUUAAAAAAAAUAAUAAAAAUACUUGGAUAAAAAUGUUAAAACCACAGUACUAAGUAUAUGUAUACUUAAAUAAAGUGUUUUCCAAGCAA